AUGGCGUUCAAUCUUAUCUCCGUUACCGCUCUCCUUUGCAUCUUGCUCUAUCUACUGUACCGUCUUAGGAUACGCACCCGUUCAAGUGUGCAUGAGCUGCCCGUCCCACCUGGUCCCAAGCCGCUCCCAUGGAUCGGAAACCUACAUCAAAUCCCAUUCGUGGACCAAAGCAAGGUGUAUACCCAGUGGGGUUCAACCUAUGGUGACAUAUUGUACAUGCAUACUCUCGGAAGGGAGUUCAUAAUCCUCAACUCUGCGUCGGCCGCCUUAGAGUUAUUCGACAAGCGAGGACAUUUGUAUAGCGACAGACCACAUCUGACUAUGGCGGGAGAUCUAGUGGGGCGGGGCAAAUCCGUCUUGUUUAACCAAUAUGGUGAUCGGCUGAGGAGGUAUAGGAAGCACCUACGAAAUGCAUUGAAUAGCCGCACCGCUAUGGAUUACUGGAGCUUCCAGGAAGCCGAAUCUAUCAUCUUCUUGGAGGCAUUACUCCGGACUCCGGACGAUUUCAUUGCGCACAUUCGUCGGAAUGCCGGUGCAGUCACACUGAAGCUGGCCUAUGGUUAUACCUUAACUGAAGGAGAAGAUUGCUAUGUUACUCUGGCCGAGAAACUGGCUUACAUCACCACAGAAGCGUCAGAGCCGGGAAAGUGGCUCGUAGAUUCAUUCCCAUGGCUGCGUCAUAUACCAUCAUGGUUCCCCGGGGCUCAUUUCAAGAGAUGGGCUCAUGAAGCUCACCUUCAAAGCGAAGAGUUUACGAAUGCGCCGUACGAUAUGGUCAAGCGAAACAUGUCUCAAGGAACUGCCGUGCCUUCAUUCACUUCUCGUGCCUUGGAGUCAGUACAAGAAGAGACUGGAGAACCACCAAGUGUAGAAGAAGAGGAUAUCAUCAAAUGGGCAGCAGCUAGCAUUUACGCCGGCGGAACGGAUACAACCGUUGCAUUAAUCACUGCAUUCUUUUUGAUCGUGACGUGCUAUCCAGAUAUCCAAAAGAAAGCUCAAGCCGAAAUUGACAAAGUAAUCGGCCGUGCACGUCUUCCAGUAAUGACGGACGAAAGCAAUCUUCCAUACAUAGGCUGCCUCAUCAAAGAAUUGCAUCGUUUCAAUCCUAUUGUUCCUCUCAUACCUCAUAGCCUUCAUGAAGACGACGAGUACUGUGGCUUUCGGAUUCCUAAAGACUCUUGGGUCAUGGCGAACUCAUGGUCGAUCAUGCAUGACACGACGAUGUACCCCGAGGAUGAACGUUUCAAUCCGGAACGCUUCAUGGGAAAUGUGCAAACGGAUCCUCAAGAAUUCUCGUUUGGCUUCGGUAGACGACGAUGCCCAGGAAUCAACUUCGCCAAGUCCUCGAUUUUUCUGUCCAUCGCGCAGACGUUAGCCGUAUUUGACAUCCUGAAACCGCUGGACGAAAACGGUCGCGAAUAUACACCACCUCUGGCGUUUACCUCUGGGCAUGUCUCGUGCGCACCCGAAGCCAUUCAACUGCAGGAUCUGCCCGCGUUCUCCUGA